AGCAAUCAUCUUGGUAGCUAAAUGUGAUAAACCAAGAAGAUGGCCAAGAUCAACACCCAAUACUCCCACCCCUCCCGGAUCCACCUUAGGGUAAAGACCUCAGACCAAGAUCUCAAUCGUGCUGAAAAUGGCCUCAGCAGAGCCCACUUGCCAUUCGAGGAGACAUCGUCUGCGCUGCAGCCGGGGAUCGCUAUGGAGACUAGAGGACUGGCUGACUCAGGGCAAGUCCCCUUCACCAGCCAGGGGCUCACCAGGUUGUCGCACCUGGUCUUUUCGCUGCGCAGGUGGGCCACCAGGCACGUGCACCACCAGGACCAGGGACCGGCCUCUUUUCCGGAUCAUUUUCAUGGAGCCGAGCUUAAGGAGGUGUCUAGCCAAGAAAGCAACGUCCAGGCAACUACGGACGUCCAGGAGCCAGAAGACAGAGGGAGAAGCGCCUGGCCCCUGGCCAAACACAACACUAACACCAGCAACAACAAGGAGGAGGAGAAGAAGAAGGAGAAGAAGGAUGGUUUCGUGGUGGACCCCUCCAGCAACCUGUACUACCGCUGGCUGACCGCCAUUGCCCUGCCCGUCUUCUAUAAUUGGUGUCUGCUUAUUUGCAGGGCCUGUUUUGAUGAGCUGCAGUCCGAAUACCUGAUGCUGUGGCUGGUCCUGGACUACUCGGCAGAUGUCCUGUAUGUCUUGGAUGUGUUCGUGCGAGCUCGGACAGGUUUUCUCGAGCAAGGCUUAAUGGUCAGCGAUACUGACAGGCUGUGGCAGCAUUACAAGACCACCACACAAUUCAAGCUGGAUGUGUUGUCCCUGGUCCCCACCGACUUGGCUUACUUACAGGUGGGCAUGAACUACCCAGAACUGAGGUUCAACCGCCUACUGAAGUUUGCUCGCCUCUUCGAAUUCUUUGACCGCACAGAGACGAGGACCAACUAUCCCAAUAUAUUCAGGAUUGGGAACUUGGUCUUGUACAUUCUCAUCAUCAUCCACUGGAAUGCCUGCAUCUACUUUGCCAUUUCCAAGUUCAUUGGUUUUGGGACAGACUCCUGGGUCUACCCAAACAUCUCAAUCCCAGAGCAUGGGCGCCUCUCCAGGAAGUAUAUUUACAGUCUCUACUGGUCCACCUUGACCCUCACCACCAUUGGUGAGACCCCACCCCCCGUGAAAGACGCAGAGUAUCUCUUCGUGGUCAUAGACUUCUUGGUGGGUGUUCUGAUUUUUGCCACCAUUGUGGGCAAUGUGGGUUCCAUGAUCUCGAAUAUGAACGCCUCACGGGCAGAGUUCCAGGCCAAGAUUGACUCCAUCAAGCAGUACAUGCAGUUCCGCAAGGUGACCAAGGACUUGGAGACACGGGUUAUCCGGUGGUUUGACUACCUGUGGGCCAACAAGAAGACAGUGGAUGAGAAGGAGGUGCUCAAGAGCCUCCCAGACAAGCUGAAGGCUGAGAUCGCCAUCAAUGUGCACCUGGACACACUGAAGAAGGUCCGCAUCUUCCAGGACUGCGAGGCCGGGCUGCUGGUGGAGCUGGUGCUAAAGCUGCGGCCCACCGUGUUCAGCCCUGGGGAUUAUAUCUGCAAGAAGGGGGACAUUGGGAAGGAGAUGUACAUCAUCAACGAGGGCAAGCUGGCUGUGGUGGCUGAUGACGGGGUCACCCAGUUCGUGGUCCUCAGUGACGGCAGCUACUUUGGGGAGAUCAGCAUCCUGAACAUCAAGGGGAGCAAGUCGGGGAACCGCAGGACGGCCAACAUCCGCAGUAUCGGCUACUCUGACCUGUUCUGCCUCUCAAAGGACGAUCUCAUGGAGGCCCUCACCGAGUACCCUGAAGCCAAGAAGGCCCUGGAGGAGAAAGGACGGCAGAUUCUGAUGAAGGACAACCUGAUUGAUGAGGAGCUGGCCAGGGCGGGGGCGGACCCCAAGGACCUUGAGGAGAAGGUGGAGCAGCUGGGGACCUCCCUAGAUAUCCUGCAGACCAGGUUUGCACGGCUCCUGGCUGAGUACAACGCCACCCAGAUGAAGAUGAAGCAGCGUCUCAGCCAACUGGAGAGCCAGGUGAAGGGUGGUGGGGACAGCCCCCUGGCUAAUGGGGAAGUUCCUGGGGAUGCUACAAAAACAGAGGACAAACAACAGUGAAAAUGCAGCAUUUGUCUCCUGCUUCACGGGAUCGGCUGUCAGGGUGAGGCUAUGUGGCUGCAGCUGCACGACAUGGAACUUGGUCAGAGUUUAAUUCCAGCUCCACUCACUGAAAGCUGUGUGACUGCCCCAGAGAGCCUCAGCUUCUUCACCUAGAAAAUGGGACUCUGUUUCAGUCCCGGUGAAGUGCAAGGUUUGAUUGUGAGGUCCACACGAAACACUGCACCAGGCAGGGCUUUGCAAAGUGGGAGGUAUCCCCAAUCCAAAUAUAUGCACACAGGACUCUUACUACUUUUUUAUGGAAUCCACAAGAUGUUUUUAGGAUUUUUGAUCUAAUUUUCUUAUAAACGAAAGAUUAUUUAGUCACCUUUCUCCUCCCCAACUUCACUCCACCACCACCUGAUCAUGAGUAUGUAACAGGAAGCUGAACGUGCACAGUAGUGACUCAAAUUCAAACUUACACAAGACAGUCUGAGACGUAUUUCUGAAUCUGUGAUCACCUCGUGUGCUCUUUGGGAUCCUAGGAACCCCCGCCUUUGGGAGUGCUAUGGCAAGUAGAAGUUCUGUAGCAUGGAAAGAGGCUGCCCCACUUGAGGUCACUUCAAAUCUGUGAAGCAAAUCCAGACUCCUUGCCAUCCAGCCACCGUGAAACCAGAAUCUGUUUCACAGAAAAGAGCAUCUCAGUUAGAAGAGACAUCCCCUCCUUCUUGCUUGCCAAAGAGAGAUUCAAAGACAACCCCUAUCCUCUAUCCUUGAAUCAGGACCCUGGGUGACCUAUUCUAACUCAAGGAGAAGAGCUAUGUGCAGGGAGAGCCUUUUAGGUUGAAGGCUAGAAUGGUGUCCUAAGCCAAAAAAGCUGACAACUAAGACUUUUAGAAGACGAGACUAUUAGGCAUGUAUCUCCGCAAACUGCCCCUUUACCCAUGAAAAGGAAGCCUGAGGAUCCCUUGGAAUUGCAUCCCGAGGCAAAGCUUUUAGCUCUGUAAAAGCUUGCAGAUUGCAGAAAUCAGCUUUAAAAAAAAAAAGGAAAAAAACUAGUAAAUAUAACUUCAUUAACAUUUUAUAACAGAUUUAUGUUUUUGAGUUCUGUGAUUGCAAAUUAUGACCGCAAUAUUCCAUCCUUCACUUACGUAACAUGUUGCAAAUUACCCAAAGAUAAAUCUUUCUUCUUUCUCUUUCUUUCUUUCCUUUCUUUCUUCCUUCUUUCUUCCUCUUUCUCUCUCCUCUUUUCCUCCUCAAAAUUAUAUAUUUUAAAAGCCUUAACUAUUAGUUACGCCUGCAUUCAUAUUUGCACAGGAAAAAUAAAGACCUGGAUUUAAAAAUA